AUGAACAGUUGAAAGAAAAGAAAAGAUAUGGAACCUGCUUGUACUUGGAGUUUAUUGUCUGAACAGAAAGCUGCUUCAAAUUCUCAGGCUCCAUAUUCAUGGAAGGAUCUCACAGAUUACCAGGAAAUAUUUAGAAAACAUCUAAAAGAAAAAUACCUCAACAUAGGAGUCCAUAUAUGUUACCACCAUGGCAAACAUAUAGAAUCACGAAUGCUUGUUGUAAAAGAACAUGGUAUAUCAGAAGAGACACUGUGUGGGAUUCCUCAACAAGAUAGUUUUAUGGAUAUGGAACAUGUAUUUGAUCCAGAUGAAGAGGGCUACAGCUCCCCUGAACCUGUGGUGCUCCAGGGAUGUGCAGGGACUGGGAAAACAGCUGUUGUGCACAAGUUCAUGUUUGACUGGGCAGCAGGAAUGGUUACUCCAGGCAGGUGUGACUAUCUCAUCUAUAUAAACUGUAGAGAAAUAAACUAUAUCGGUAACCUCAGUGCUGCUGACCUGAUCCUUAACACUUUUCAAGAUAAAGAUGGACCAAUCCUAGAUGCUAUUCUUGUAUAUCUGGAGAAGCUUCUGUUUAUGCUCGAUGGAUUCCCUGAGCUUCAGUACCCUGUAGGUAACCAGGAAGAGGAUCUUAGUGCUAAUCUUCAGGAGAAGAAGACAGUAGAGACCCUCUUAUAUAGUUUUGUGAAGAAAAAGCUGUUCCCUGAAUCUCCCCUGCUGAUAACUGCCCGGUCUACAACCAUGAGGAAGUUCCACACUCUGUUAAAACAGCCCAUCCAGGUAGAGAUUGUAUGGUUUACAGAUGCUGAAAAGAGAGCAUAUUUCUUGAGUCCGCUUUCAGGUGCUUAUGCAGCACUGAGGCUCUUUUAUGAGCUGUGACAAAAUGAAAGCCUUGACAUUAUGUCCUCUCUUCCCAUCAUCUCCUGGAUGAUCUGCAGUGUCCUGCAGUCACAGGGAGAUGGUGACAGGACUCUUAUGAGGUCACUUCAGACCAUGACUGCUGUGUAUCUGUUCUACUUUUCCAAGUGCCUCAGAACCCUUGCAGGCAUCUCAGUAUGGAAGGGACAAAGUUGCCUGUGGGGCCUCUGCUCUUUGGCUACAGAGGGACUGCAGAACCAGCAGGUCCUAUUUGAAGUCAGUGACCUCAGGAGACAUGGGAUAGGAGUACAUGAUAUCAAUUGUACUUUUCUAAAUCACUUUUUGAAAAAAAAUGUAACGGUCAAUGUCUACAUUUUCCUUCACUUCAGUUUCCAAGAGUUCUUGACUGCUGUGUUCUAUGACCUGAAGAAUGACAGCAGCUGGAUGUUUUUUGAUCAAGUGGGGAAAACGUGGCAAGAAAUAUUCCAACAAUAUGGACAUGGGUUUUCAUCACUAACAAUACAGUUCUUAUUUGGCCUCCUACAUAAAGGAAAGGGAAAGGCCAUGGAAACUACUUUUGGAAGAAAAGUCUCUCUAGGACUUCGAGAGGAGUUAUUGAAGUGGACUGAGAAAGAAAUAAAGGAUAAAUCUUCUAGGUUACAGAUUGAUCCAAUGGACUUGUUUCACUGUAUGAGAUUCAGGAAGAAGAAUAUGUAUAAAAGGAUAACUGAUGAUUUACAGUCAAUUAUAUUGCUUCAUACCUAUACAAAAAUGGACAUUCUGGCUAUGUCAUUCUGUGUCAAAAGCAGUCACAGUCACCUGUCAGUGUCUCUGAAGUGUCAGCACCUACUUGGAUUUGAAGAGGAAGAGUGAGCUUCUGCAUUCAUGCCACUAGCCUUGACACUUCAUCAGUCCUUCCAGCUGUGCAGUUUGCCAGUGUCUCGUCUACAAUUGCUCUGCCAAGCACUGUAUAAUCCAUACUGUAAAAUCAAAGACCUGAAACUGAUUUUCUGCCACUUCACAGCUUGUUGUGGUAGGGAUCUCUCUUCAGUAUUUGAAACUAACCAGUAUUUGACAGAUUUGGAGUUUGUAAAAAAAAAAAAUACCCUGGAAGAUUCAGGAACGAAGCUUCUGUGUGAAGGAUUAAAACAGCCAAACUGUAUCUUAUGGACAUUGAGUCAUUCUUCUCUUCUCUGACGGUUGUACCGAUGCCUCUCUCCUGCUUCUUGUGGGGUACUGGCAGCUAUUCUCAGUACCAGUCAGUGGCUCACUGAUCUGGAAUUUAGUGAAACCAAAUUGGAAGCUUCAGCUUUGAAAUUGCUUUGUGAAGGCUUAAAAGAUCCAAAUUACGGAAGCUCAAGUAAGUUCUUGAGCACAUGUUACCUAACAGAUGCUAGCUGUAUGGAGCUCUCUUCUUUCUUGCAUGUGAGUCAGACUUUAAAAGAGCUGUUUGUGUUUGCCAAUGCCCUAGGGGACACAGGAGUAUAGCCUCUCUGUGAAGGUCUGCAGCAUGCAAAGGCUGUUCUCCAGAAUCUUGUACUUUCUGAAUGUUCCCUUUCUGCAGCUAGCUGUGAGUCCCUCACCCAAGUCCUGAGCUCCACCUGGAGCCUGACAAGGCUGCUUCUAAUUAAUAACAAAAUUGAAGAUUUGGGACUGAAAUUGCUCUGCAAAGGAUUAAAACAGCCUGACUGUCAGUUAAAGGAUCUGGUACCGUGGACCUGCCACCUGACUGGAGAGUGUUGUCAGGAUCUGUGCAAUGCGCUCUACACUAAUGAGUACCUAAGAGACCUUGACCUCAGUGAUAAUGCCUUAGGGGAUGAGGGCAUGCAGGUGUGAUGUGAAGGGCUGAAAGUCUCCUCCUGCAAACUGCAGACCUUGUGGUUAGCACACUGUCAUCUCACAGAUAUGUGCUGUGGAGCCCUUGCCUCUGUCAACAGAAAUGAGAACGUAACAUUGCUAGACCUAAGUGGAAACCACCUUAAGGAUUUUGGAAUGCAAAUGCUGUGUGAUGCACUGAUUCAGCCAAUAUGUAAACUACAGACUUUCUACAUUGACACAGAUCAUUUACAUGAAGAAACAUUCAGAAAGAUGGAAGCUUUAAAAAUGAACAAGCCUGGGGCUCCUGGGUGGCCUUUGGAGGACAGGAUUGAAAAUGACAGUCUCCCAAUCUCCGGCCCCAUAGAAGCCAAGAACUUGGGGCCCCACUCCUCAGCGUACCCUCAGAGAAAGUAG